UCAGUUAACGUAUUUGUAAAACUCGCAAACGAAAAUGAAUUCGAAGGCGACGAGCAAGCGAAUGCAUCAUGUGAUGGUGUCCCUAACAGAAUCUAAUCGCCGCUACCACACCGAAACGUUGGAGGGCAGCAGCUUGGAUGGUGAAUUCAAAAUUCUCGAUCGGAAAUCCGUGCUGCUGCGCAUGCCCUCGGCAGCGGCAGGGACAUCCAAGUCGAAACAGGCAGAUGUGCCGCGUUAUUAUCGCCAUCUCGAGUUCGAUGCGAUCGGCUACGACCACGAGCCGCAUGUGCGGGAGCAGUUGAGUGAUCUGGUGGAGAACAUGUUCCGUCAUCGUCUUAAUGGGUGUCUGCUGCGUCUGACCCCGCACCGCUCUAGCAAUAUAAACCAGCUGACGCGCGUCUUGGUGAGCGAGGUGGACAGCAUAAUGCUGAUGCUACGCUUCCGCCUAAAGUCCAUCAAUGUGGACUACUUUGAUCUGCGCAAGUUUGACAUGGCCAAUAUGCUGCUGGAGCAAGGCGCAUCAAUGCAGGCGCUGAAUCGUCGACAAGUACAUCAGAGCGGGCGCAUCCUACAGAGCACACGAGAGCUGUUGCAGUGGCUGCUCAACGAUUUCACCUCCAUCCGGGGACGUGCAGUGGGCGACGACUACAUUGACAUUCAGUUUGUCUUUCGCGAUGGCCAGCAUGCGAUUCGCAAGCUGCACUUAACCAUUUUUCAGGUGUUUGGCGGUGAGGAACGACAGGACAUGGCUGACUUCUUCCGGACCUUGCCGCUGGGGAAGCAAAGCAACAGCGCGCUGCUCACCGACUGUAUCCGAGAGUCGUUCGACUUUCAGCGUCCCAUGCGCACUGUGGUAAUGUUUGAGCUGCCGCUGGGACGGGAAUCGCCAGCUCAGAUGAUGCGGAAAAUACUGAAAUUAGCCGAUGUGGCGUACGUGUCCAUCGAGAAGGCAUACAGCGCAGCCAAGAAUCCAAUAAAAUCAGCUUCACGGAGCUCCACGAAUCUGCUGAAAAUCACGCCGAGUUGCAGCUUCAGGAACACUUUCCAAUCAGUGCCAAAUAUUUCAGACCCUUUGCUGCGUCGCGGGCGAAAACUCUCAAGUGAGGAUUACAACAGUCUCGCCUACUGGUACAAUCGCAUCGACUCGAAGCUCCUGGAACUGCAGCUCAGCAUGGAUGAGCACUAUAUGGCACUGUAUCGCCGAAAGGGUUUGGAGAUUUGCAACGAACUUCGAUCCAUGGAACAGAAUGCAGAUUUAGAGACUGACGAAAGCGGCGGCGAUGGCAGGCCGCUGCCAAGCACCAUCAACCAGGAGGAGGAGCAAGCUUCUAUAAGCAUGUACACGGAGCUGCUGAAGCAGUUCCGCAAGCUAGAGAUCGAUGUGAAGAAGACAGCCUUUGCGGCCACAUUGAAGGGUUACAUCAGCAACAAAAAUUACGAACUGGCGGAGAUGGAGAAGGCGUUCAAGCUAAAGGCAGUUGAAAGUAUGAGACUUCAGUUGAUUGAGUUUAUGAAACCAGAACAGGAACAGGAACCAAACUUGAACUGAUCAUUACAGCCAUUUGUCUGAGUAUUGUUA